AUGUCGGAGCGGCGGCAGAGUAUCAGACGCACUGUAUGCUUGGACGAUGUCAGAGACAGAAUUGAUGUCCAAGGGCUCUGCCAGGUCGAGCUAGCGGCUGCUAUAAGGGCCCUUGCCUUCGAGCUACGGGGGCGGCUGGGCAUUUGGGCACCCCAGGCAUCUGAUGAGGUGUUGGCCAGAGUGGAAGACAGGCUGAAGCACAACGUCGUCGUGCAGGAUGGGCCGGAAGAAGCUGGGCAAGGGGAUUCGAAGUCGCCGGCCAUGUCAGUGGGACCUUGCGCAGAUGUUCCGUCUCCAACAUUCGACGAGAUUUCAGAAAGCGACGUGGCAGAGGUGCCCCACCUGACUGACCCGCUGGCAUCAGCAAAAUUUGCGAUGCACGCAGAGGUUGCGGCGUUUCAGCGCCAGUCGGAGAGGACCGAGCUGCUCCGACGCCAGGUGGCUGCGCUCGACAGAAAGUUCGAAACUGCAAGCACUGAUUUCCAACGGCUGGCAGAGGAGGCCGCUGCACUGGCCGCCUACAAGCUGGAAGCCUCGUUUCGUACAGAGCAGCUGGACUGGAAGAAAGAGCUGCAAGCAUCUCUGGACACAGUACUGGAGCAAAGAGAACACAUGGCAUCCAUGGCACGUGAAGCUGUAGAAGCUCGCUUUCAACAAGAGUUAGCGAAGCAGUUCAAGGCAUCGGAUGAAAACCUCAGCUCCCUCCGGAAAAACAUGGAUGCAGAAUUUGAGAAUUUCGCAGAGAAGGUUCAUUGUAUCAACUCCAGGAUCGACUCAGUGCAUGAACAUGUAGAGAAGGUGGACCAUCUGUCCUGCGAGAGAGCCAAGGAAGCAGCGCACACUGUGCGAUCCGCUUUGGUCGACUUUCGCAUGGUCGAUCUUCGCAAGCAGGCAGACACCUCCAAGGAGUUGAGGUUCCUCCUAUCCCGCGUUGCCAAGGGAAUGCGAAAGCUUGGCCAGUUUGCGAUGGCACUCCAUGGAGCGCCCAGAGCUCAUCCAGCGGAGCUGAGUGCCCUGCUGGCCAUUGAUCCAGGGACGAACCCUGCAGACUACUGGAGUGCUCGUCGGGGCUGGGAUGUCGAGGCCAUCAAGGCAGACAUUCGCAUCGCCUGCCAGCCUCGUGGAGCUCUGCCGGGCCAGAGAGACGGUACCUUCUCGACAUUGGCAUCUGCUGUGCGCGCACGCAGCGCUGGUGAAGGCGUGCAGCAAAGAUCCUCCCAGGAAGGCGUCACGAUUGACAGUGCAAGGUCAAACAAAGACCGGAUUGCACCCGCAGAUGGCAAGAUUCUCAAUUUGACUGUGACGCUGGUCGGCACCAGUUUCGGGAUGAUCUUCAACGGAGAUAAAGAGCCAAAGUACAACUGGGAAGGUGUUCGUCGAUGUGUCAAGGAGUUGGCCAGAAGAGGCUUCAAGAUCAUCGGCGUAAUUUAUCAAAGCUGGAAGGGAUGGGAUGGCGACGAGAUCGACUGGCUGCAUACACUGCGGAAAGCGGAAAUCCGAAACUGGUAUUCAUUUAGCCAAGACCGCAUCCACAUGAAGUACUUCUUUGAUUCAGAAGUUGGUUUCUUCGAGACCUUGGAUGGCAACGCUGCACGCGGGGCCAGUGAAGAGCCCGAGGAGCGCCGACCUCGCCAGGCCGCGGCCACGGUAAAUUACUCCAGUGAUGUGCAGUGCCAGGCCACGCAUCCACGACGGAAGCAGGCAUUCGGCACCAUAGAGGCAGAGCUUGCGCCGAAGCGCCUAUGGGCAACAAAGAUGGAUGUCAACACCUGCAAGGCUGGUUGGACUCCCUUGUGCACAGCCGCAUCGCAGGGCAAGGUCGAGUCUGUCAAGCAGCUAUUGAUGCUAGGUGCAGAUCCAAACAUCCCAAAUGGGUUCGGAGCACAUCCGGUUUUCUAUGCUCUACGCAAUUGGAGCCUGCGUAUGUUUCGGCUGCUGGUGAAGCACGGAGCAGAUGUACGACGUGCAAGGAGCGAGCGGGGAGAGUCUUUACAGGCUUAUGCCGAGAGAAAGGUGCAACAGGCGGCGGAGUCAAGAGCCUUCGGGGCUGCCCAUUUUUCAGCUGCAUCGUGCCAG